GUGGCGACCAUUACCAGUGACAGUGUGUAUGAAAUUGCCGGGAGAAAGAAGGUGAAUUGAAAUGACGAGAUGGCUAAAGUACAGAUCACUAAUGUCACUGUCCUGGACAACCCCACUGCUUUCUUGAAUCCUUUUCAGUUUGAGAUCACUUUUGAGUGCUUGGAAAAUCUUGAAAAGGAUUUAGAGUGGAAGAUAAUCUACGUUGGCUCAGCCUCGAGUGAGACUUGUGAUCAGACGCUUGACUCAGUAUUCGUGGGACCUAUACCAGCUGGGGUUCACAAGUUUGUGUUUCAGGCUGAUGCUCCCAACACGGAGAAACUACCUUCUGAUGAUGUUGUGGGUGUAACCGUUGUAUUGCUUACCUGUUCGUAUUUAUCUGCCGAGUUUGUACGAAUUGGUUACUAUGUCAACAACGAGUAUGCUGACCCUGUAUUAUCUGAAAAUCCCCCCUCUAAACCCAUGUUCGAAAAGCUUCAAAGAAACAUUCUGGCAAGUAACCCGAGAGUAACUAAAUUCAAGAUCAACUGGGACUAAUAUUUAAACUCUUUUCUUUGUGUAGCUCUCCUCUCUCUCUCUCGUGUGAUCACAUUAUUAUAUCUCUACGCAUAUAUAUACAUGUCCACACCAGCUGCACUCACUUGUGUAAUGGAUGGCAUGCUCUCUGUUAAGAGGCAGUUUUCAUGACCUACUUAUCUUCUGUUCGACAAAAUCUGAUUAAUAGUUUGA